AUGGCGGCGAGCGGAAUCGGCGAGUGGGGUCAAAACAGGGAAGGAGGAAAGGAAGGGAGACGGGUGGGGCCGGUCCAGGCGUUGUCCCGCUUUUCCAUUUUUGACUUUCAACAGCCAUUCUUCCUUAGUUUGCCUGUCUACUUGUCUGGUGUCCUAGACUUCUGGAUUAGAAUUGUGCAAGAGAUUCCUCAACUGUAUAUGACUACACCUAAUCCCUCAGGAGCACCUGCAACACUAGUGCUAUCCAGAGCAGAUGCUGUGCGUUCCAGACUCAUCGACACUUUUUCUCUCAUUGAGCAUUUGCAGGGCUACAGCCAGGCUGUGCCUCGGUAUAACCUACGAGAGUUCCUUGAUCCUUCUAAAAUGAGAAAAAUGAUGCAAGGAGACCAUCAACAUCUUGUCCGCUUCACUAUCAAGCCUGGGCAUGACCGAAUCCUGUUCUCUCAGAGGCAGCAAUGUCGACUCAGGGUGCGCUGUAAUCGAUGGGCCCCUCUUUCUCUCUGGGCUGGCUGGGUCAUUGAAAAGAUAGUGAAUACCACAGACAUCAAAAUGUUGCCAGCAAUGAUGGCUCUGGAGGUGGGAUCUUGGUUCAUCUUGUUUGUCUUCAUAUUUGAAAUCCUCCUUAUGUGGCUAUACAGUUUCUUCGAUUUCUGGAAAAAUGCCUGGAGUGUCUUUGACUUCUUUGUCACUGUAAUGUCAACACUUCCUGAGGUGGUGGUGCUGAUAGGGGUCUCAGGUGACUCAAUGUGGCUGCAGUUGUUACGUAUCUUCAGGGUGUUACGGUCACUCAAACUCUUUGCACGAUUCCGUCAAGUUCGCGUCAUCAUCCUGGCCCUUGUCAGGGCUCUUAAGACUAUGACCUUCGUCCUGGCGCUGUUGCUUAUUUUCUUCUACAUUUUUGCUUUGUGUGGCAUCUACUUCUUUGAGGGUUAUACCCGCUCAGACCGUCAGGACCUGACCUUCCAGAUGUUCUUCACGGAUAUGCCCAACUCUGUGGUGUCAGUGUUCAUCCUCUUCACCCUGGAUCACUGGUAUGAACUGCUUCAGGAUACUUGGAAGGUGACUGAAGUAAAUAAAACAUUCAGUAGUAUAUAUGUUGUCCUCUGGCUGUUGCUUGGCGCCAUCAUCUUCCGCAACAUCAUAGUAGCUAUGAUGGUUACAAAUUUCCAGGCAAUCAGGAAUGAGAUCAACGAGCAGGCAACACAUAUGGAGGUGCAGCAGAAAGCAGACAUGUUCAAGCGCCAAAUCAUCAAAAGGAGACAGCAGCAGUCCUCAGAGGAGGAUUUAGACAACAAAUAUGUGGGAAAUAACAAGGCUGACCCAGUUAAAACACAGACACAAGCGACAUUACCAAAGUCUGUAGUUCAGAUUCCUACACCUGUCCCAACAGAAGGAGAGACUCUACCUCAAAAAGCCUCAGUGAACCUUGAGAAUACAGGGCAGGUAGACUGGGAGACCCAUGUGCACCAGAAUCUCCCUGGAUUGAUGGAUACAGACCAUGGCGAGGAGGUGGUUUGGCCCCGAGAUUCACUCUUUCGAUACUUUGAAUUACUAGAAAAGCUUCAACACAACAUAGAAGAACGCAAACAGCUACAAGAAUUUGCAGUUAAAGCAUUGAUAAACCUGGAGGACCACUGAAGGACAACUACUGAUAGCUGCA